AGUAUUGUAAGGCAAAGCCAAAGUUAGGGCGACUUCCUAACAAUUUCGCGUCCACUGUCGUCUAGUGUCCCACUUUCCUUCAUCAUCACCACCAAUCCACUUCUCCACUUUCCUAAUUCAUAAAAUUAACUCAAACAGUUGCAGAAUUCAUCUCAGCUUUUCAGCUCCUCCGGCCUCUUGGAGCUGCUGACGUGGACGUCGGAAUCAUCAUCAUCACCAUGUCUUCUUCACAUAUCAAAGAUGUGGCAGAUGGAGAAUUGAAACGAGUGUUUGUGACUCAAAAAUCAAUCACAAACCAUUCGGCAGAGCCGUCGCCCUCUCCAUCACCGUCUUCAUCUACAGCACCCGCUUUAGUUCUCUCGAAUUCCGGAAAAAGAAUGGACCAAACCGGUAAAAAGAAAUACGUAAAACAGGUCACUGGCCGACACAACGACACGGAGCUGCAUUUAGCAGCUCAAAGGGGUGAUCUGGCGGCAGUUAAACAGAUACUCGAUGACAUUAAUUGUCAAAUGGUGGGGAAUUCGAGUGGAGCCGAUUUUGACCUUGAGGUUGCGGAAAUUAGGGCGUCGGUUGUGAAUGAGGUGAAUGAAUUGGGAGAGACUGCUCUUUACACUGCGGCUGAGAAAGGGUAUAUUGAUGUUGUUAAAGAGCUGCUCAAGUAUUCGAAUAAGGAAACGCUCGCUAAGAAGAAUCGGUCGAUGUUUGAUCCUCUGCAUAUAGCUGCUUGUCAAGGGCACCAUGCAAUUGUCCAAGUGCUAUUGGACCACGACCCUGGAUUAAGCAAAACAAUCGGCCCAUCACAUGCAACUCCUCUUAUAACUGCCGCAUCGAGAGGGCACAUAGCUGUGGUGAACGAACUUCUGUCAAAGGAUUGCAGCUUGCUAGAAAUUUCGAGAUCGAAUGGGAAAAACGCACUGCACUUAGCAGCGAGACAAGGGCAUGUGGAGAUCAUAAAGGCGUUGCUCGACAAAGAUGCACAGCUGGCAAGAAGGACCGACAAGAAAGGACAGACGGCGUUACAUAUGGCUGUCAAAGGAGUUAACCGUGAGGUUGUUAAAUUGCUACUCGAUGCUGAUGCAGCUAUAGUGAUGCUGCCUGAUAAAUUUGGUAAUACGGCUUUACAUGUUGCCACACGGAAAAAACGAGCAGAGAUAGUAAACGAGCUAUUACGCCUCCCCGACACAAACGUGAACGCACUAAACCGAGACCACAAAACAUCCCUCGACAUAGCGGAAAACCUCCCUCUCUCUGAAGAGUCCUCCGACAUAAAAGAGUGCCUCUGCCGCUACGGCGCGGUGAGAGCCAACGAACUCAACCAACCACGAGACGAGCUCCGCAAAACCGUCACCCAGAUAAAAAACGACGUCCACAUCCAGCUCGAGCAGACGAAACGAACAAACAAAAACGUCCACGGCAUCGCAAAGGAGCUCCGCAAGCUCCACCGCGAGGGGAUCAACAAUGCCACAAACUCCGUGACAGUUGUCGCCGUCCUAUUCGCCACCGUCGCUUUCGCCGCCAUCUUCACCGUCCCGGGGGGUGACCUCAACUCCGGGUCCGCCGUGGCGGUGGGAUCCGUCUCCUUUAAAAUAUUCUUUAUAUUCAACGCUGUCGCGCUCUUUACGUCACUGGCGGUCGUUGUAGUGCAGAUCACGCUCGUGAGGGGGGAGACUAAGGCGGAGAGGAGGGUGGUGGAGGUGAUUAAUAAGCUGAUGUGGCUGGCUUCGGUUUGCACCUCGGUGGCGUUUAUGGCGUCGGCUUAUAUAGUGGUGGGGCGGAGCCACGAGUGGGCGGCAAUUUUGAUUACGGUUGUCGGAGGGGUUAUUAUGGGUGGGGUGUUGGGUACUAUGACUUACUACGUGGUGAGGUCGAAGAGGAUUAGGUCCAUGAGGAAGAGAGAGAAAAUGCAUGCUCGUAGCGUGUCGAAUUCGUGGCAUCAAUCGGAGUUUUCUAACUCGGAUAUUGACCGCAUUUACGCCCUCUAGUGAGAGAAUGGAGUCUCCUUUUGUAAUGUCCGAAUACGUUGACUUUCUUUAUUUGGUAUAUAAUGAUGCUAUAUGUGGUAUGUAUAUAUAAUACUUCCAUCAACAAUUGGAUAGAAGCGUUUAUAGAUGCAAAUAUGGGGAGGAUUUGUGUUUUUAGACUAUGUUUCUACACAUUGAAAUGAGUCAAUUGUGUAUCAAAAACUUGCGAUUCGUCUCGUUUGGUAUAUCUUGUGUUUGUUUA